AACCAGUGAACAACACCAAUAAACUCUAAACAGGGCGCAAAUUUAAAGGGUUCUGUCUCUGCUGCACCCUUCAGUGUGAUCUUCAAGCGAUAGCAAGCAGUAUAGAAGUUAUUCAGCGUCAGGCGAGAAAGUACAGCGUUCUCUGCAGGGCUGAAAGCAGGAACUUCUAGAGCUACUGGUAAACUUGCCUUGCAGAAUAGCGGACACCGGUUGUCAUUACCAUGGCUUCUGAACUCUUCCAGAAAGGGAAAACGCUGGAAAUGCGAAAGACACUUAUUGGGCAGUCUGUUCGACUCUUUUUCUCUGAUGAUCCAGUGAAAAUCCUAAGGGCAAGAGGACAAUAUUUGUAUGACGAGAACGGGAUUGAAUAUCUGGAUUGCAUCAGUAACGUGCAGCAUGUGGGGCAUUGCCAUCCUGCCAUCACUCAGGCUGCUUCCUCUCAGAUGGAGCUUCUGAACACUAAUACGCGUUUCCUGCACGAUAAUAUUGUCACCUACGCUGCUCGCCUCUCGGCCACACUGCCAGACAAGAUCUCCGUUUUCUACUUUGUCAACUCCGGUUCAGAAGCAAAUGAUCUUGCUCUCAGACUGGCCCGUCAGUAUUCACAGAAUGAAGAUGUAGUCGUAUUGGAACAUGCGUAUCACGGCCACGUUACUUCUCUCAUAGAUAUCAGCCCCUACAAAUUCAAGAAGCUGGGAGGUCAAAAGGAAUGGGUGCAUGUGGCACCUCUACCAGAUACCUACAGAGGUUUAUUCAGAGAGGAUCAUCCAAACCCAGCGGAGGCCUACGCAGAUACUGUCAAGAAUCUCAUCGAUCAAGUACAAAGCAAAGGCCGUAAGAUUUCUGCAUUUUUUGCUGAAUCGUUGCCGAGUGUUGGUGGACAGAUCAUUUUCCCUCAAGGGUACUGCACACGGGUGGCAGAGCACGUGAGGGCUGCCGGUGGUGUGUACGUGGCUGAUGAGGUGCAGACGGGGUUCGGGCGCGUGGGGAGCCACUUCUGGGGGUUCCAGCUGGAGGGGGAACACUUCUGCCCUGACAUCGUGUCCAUGGGGAAGCCCAUGGGGAACGGCUUCCCUCUCGCCUGCGUAGCAACCACUCAGGAAGUAGCUGCGGCCUUCACAGGAAACGGAGUGGAGUACUUCAACACAUUUGGGGGUAACCCGGUGUCGUGUGCGGUUGGCCUGGCAGUGCUGGAUGUGAUCGAGAGAGAGGAUCUCCAAGGCAACGCCACACGGGUCGGAGGGCACCUGAAGAAGCUUCUAGAACAGCUACAGAAGAAACACGCCCUCAUUGGAGACGUGCGGGGCAUCGGUUUAUUUCUUGGCUUUGAGUUGGUGAAAGACCGAACAGACAGAAGCCCAGCCACACAGGAGGCAGCACGGCUGGUGAAGAAGAUGAAGGAUGAGCGCAUCUUUGUGAGCACAGACGGGCCAUUUGAGAGUGUCGUCAAGUUCAAGCCGCCCAUGUGUUUCAGCAUAGAGGACGCUGAGCGGGUGGCCAAAGCCAUCGAUAAGAUUCUUACAGAAUUGUCCAUGGAAGAAAAACAGGUGUCCAAAGACUGAUUUGAUCACCACAGACAUUUCUUUGAAGCACACUACGGUUUACUCGUCACUUUCAUCUGAAGACAAUGGCCACAUUUACUUUUUUUUUUAAUUCCAAACUAAUGAUGCUGAAUUAAAUAGUUUGGAAUUCAAAAUAUUGUCCAUAGUUAUUUGAAA